AUGAUCACGGCGGGACAAGUAUACGCAUCUCGGCUCUUACCGACUGUGUCCUCGUGGACAUUUUACACCAACGCCGUCCUGUUCAGUGCAGUCGUCACCAGUAUAUUCAUCCUCCUACUGGCCGUACAUCAUCUGAGGCGGCACUGCAAAUCCCCCGCCGUUGCUACAGAACAGACAGACCAGUGGUCCCAGCUGUCCAACAUGGAAAAGUCCAAAUCUGCGGACAACUCAACCUCGCCGCCGGCCACCUCAGCCUGCGAUGUCCUCAAGCCAUUAUCGCAGAAUGGCAAUUUCCCAAGCAGCGGGGCCGUGGCGGCCAGAGCCCGCGAGCAGAUGCAAAAUGGUGGGAAAUCAUCUCCGUCCGGCUCCCCUGCGGCCGCCACGCAGCCUCGAUCUGAGACGGCAGGUGAUUCGACGGGUCCUGUGCAGAAACGCAGUGAGUCGGUGCAGCAAAUGCGUGAGGUGGAUGUCAAUGGCGUCCGAACGUGGCGACGGCUGGUCGUGGAGUAUAGUUAG